UACGCACCAUGACAUCUCCAACACCUAAUCUUCCCAAUGAAUCGCAUCUUCUCGAGGACUAUAACUUUGUGGUCCUUGGGCUUCCGGGGGUUGGAAAAAGUACUUUCGUAACACAGUUCACCACCACUCACCACCCGGCCCAAACAUCACCACCCCCGUCCACCCUUCCCCAUCAACAAAUCCAACUCAGCGUCGAUAAUCAGCCCUGUCAAAUCUCUCUCUCUGAAGCCGGUCCCAGCUCUUCAUCCGUCGCACUCAGGAAAGAAUAUAUCAGUGCUAGCCAGGCAGCGAUAUUGAUGUAUUCCAUCACGUCGAAGGAAUCAUUCGAGAAGAUCCGCGAGAUAUGGGGGGAGGUUAGGGAGGUGAAGGAGGAGAUGGGGAUGUGGGAGCCGUUUCAGAUGGGGUUGGUGGGGAAUAAGAUGGAUUUGGAGGGGGAGAGGGUGGUGGGUGUGCACGAGGGGAUGGGCGUUGCUGAGACCUUGGGGUGUGCAUUUUGGGAGGCGGAGGCGGAGACGGGGAGGAAUACUAAGGAGCUCGUUGAGGAGCUGGUGAGGAAAGUAAGGACGUAUAGGGAUAAUGAGAGAAUCCGGUAUGAGCAGAUGAAGGAGGAGGCGGAGAAGGCAAAAAAAGAAAAGGUGAAGAAUGACAGGAGGAAGAAAAUGAUGCCGUGGAAGAGACUCUUCUCUUAAGUCCAUAUAUGAUAAUAUUGGCCUUACUUUGCCAUCUGUGCUGACUGAAAUGUAUAAAAUAAGUCCCUUGCUACCAUCAGCUCCCAAUUGGUCCUGUACCACUUGCUGCUAGCUGCUACAGCAGCUUUAUGCUCCAUUUGAUUGAUUGAUUUCCUCUUCACUCUCUUCCAUAUCCUCCAGUCUCUGCAUGUAUGCCACAUCCUGCUGGGCCAAUUUCCCAAAUGUGAUCUCAUCGAUUUUCUGCCCAGCCCUCCAAACCUCGAGCGUCCUAUUACCGAAAUCGAUAAAGUAGGCCCAUUCACAGAAGAGACAGUCAUCGAGGAAUUGAAUGUUUUCAGUCUGAUGU